AUUGAUUCAUGAGUUGUGUGGUGCUUUCUCACCACGUAUGAGUUAAUAAUAUUAUGUUUAAAGGGGUCAUGUGAUGCUUUUUAAUGUUUUCCUUUUCCUAUAGUGUGUAAUGGGUCUGUCUGUGCAUGCAGAUCUGCAAAGUUAAAAAGCUUGUAGUAUCCCACAAAGGGAUUUAUUCCAUAUAACAGAGGACACUGCUCCAGACCUGAAUAAAACACCUCCAUCCAAGUCCAGAUAUUACUUCUGCAAACAUCUAUAUCACAAUUUGAAAUAUCAGCAUAACGCUGCCAUAAUUUUUACGUUUAUAAUGAAAAAUUUAAACUGAAUUUUAUGUUGUCACUUUGGGACCUCAAGUUGUUACAGUGAGAAGAGAAAUUAAACCAUUAUGACAUUGUAUCUGAAAGGUAGGAGAGUUACAAAAUAAAAACUUACCACUGUGAAUUGUUCUGCUCAAGUCGUGCUUGCAAAGUUGGUUCCGGUUGAUCUGAUCGAUCAUCCGCAUUUUCAGAAUCUGACUCGGGCUCGAACCGAUACUGUAAAACUCACGACAUUAUUAACUGUGUUUAUAAUUGCUUUAGAAGCCUUGGAAGCUGAAGCUCGUGAUUGUGGUAUGGGGCGUUACAUUUCUGACACACACUUGAGGUUUUUGGCCAAUCACAACGCAAUGGGUCAGCCGGCCAAUCAGAGCACCCUGGGUUUUCAGAAGGAGGGACUUUGGAGAAACCGGAACUCAGACAGACUGGGAACAGAGGCACUGCAAUAUACAAUGGCAAAGAAAUAUCAUCCAGACACAAACAAAGACGACCCACAGGCCAAGGAGAAAUUUGCACAGUUGGCUGAAGCCUAUGAGGUGCUGAGUGAUGAGAUAAAGAGGAAGCAGUACGAUACGUACGGCGCAGCUGGCUUCGAGGCGGGCAGAGCCGGAGCUGGAGCAGGUCAGCAGCAGUACUGGAGCAGUGGCACCAGCGUGGACCCUGAGGAACUCUUCCGCAAGAUCUUUGGGGAAUUUUCUGGUGCUCGAGGAUUCGGGGACUUCAACGGCAUCUUUGAUCAGCCACAGGAGUACGUGAUGGAGCUGACGUUUGCACAAGCUGCCAAAGGCGUGAAUAAGGAAAUCACAGUGAACGUUGAGGCUGCCUGCCAUCGUUGUGACGGUAAAGGCCAUGAGCCAGGCUCUAAGGUCCAGCACUGCAACCACUGCAACGGCACAGGAAUGGAGACGGUGAACACGGGGCCAUUUGUGAUGCGCUCUACCUGUCGGCGGUGCGGCGGCCGUGGCUCAGUGAUCACCUCCCCCUGCGUAUCAUGUAAAGGAACGGGUCAGAGCAAGCAGAGACGCACCGUCAUGGUUCCAGUUCCCGCCGGUAUCGAGGAUGGGCAGACAGUCAGGAUGCCUGUGGGAAAUAAAGAGAUCUUUAUCACAUUCAGGGUCCAGAAGAGUCCUGUGUUCAGGCGAGAUGGUGCAGAUAUCCACUCAGACGUUCAGAUUUCGGUGGCUCAGGCCAUCCUGGGAGGCACGGUGCGAGCGCAAGGACUCUACGAGACGGUCAAUCUUUCUAUCCCUGCUGGCGCCCAGGCCGAUCAGAGGAUCAGGCUUUCCGGAAAGGGAAUCCCACGAGUCAGUGGCUAUGGUUACGGUGAUCAUUACAUCCACAUCAAGAUUAAAGUCCCCAAGAUGCUAACUGAUAGACAGCGUGCCCUCAUUAUGAGCUACGCAGAAGACGAGACUGAUGUGGAGGGAACUGUAAAUGGAGUCACCACGACCACUACAGGUAAAAGAUCUACAGGAAACUGAGAGAGCAGCAUGGGGGAUGAGGACACGGGGCAGGUGCUGUGACACGACAUGACACACAUUUCCUUCCACUAUUUCCUUACCGGCCUUAUGGAAGAUGAUUAAAUCUAAAAGGACU